AUGGCACAACCUCCGAAUGUGCCACAAGCACAGCUAAAGGAUCAAGUACCGAGAGAUUCUAGAGUCAUGCAGCUUAUAUUACAAGCCGCAGGAGUUGAAGAUUAUGAACCAAAAGUAGCUCAACAACUACUGGAGUUCGCUCAUCGAUAUACAGUUGAUGUUAUUCAAGAUGCUUCGGCCUAUGCUGAACAUGCCGGGAAGAAUGAUAUUGAUAUCGAAGAUGUAAAACUUGCAAUUCAAGGUCGUAUAACUCAUUCGUUCACUGCACCACCACGACAAGAGUUCUUGGCACAACUUGCUAAAGAACGUAAUAAAGAACCAUUACCACCUGUACCAGAAAAGUAUGGUCUGAGGCUGCCACCAGAUCGUCAUUGUUUAACAGCCGUUAACUUUCAACUUAUACCUGAGCCACCACCUGGUCAAUUAGAUUCAUCAUUAAGUAUGGACAUAUCACAAGAUAAUAAUGAUGAUGAACCUUUUACAAUGACAACUUCAGUAAAACAUGAGGAUUCUUCUGCAAUUGGUGGGGUCGAUUCAGAUUAUGAUAUGCAAGAUGUUGAUUCUCCUGAACAGAUAGCCACUACAUUUAAAGGCCAUAUCUAG